CAUCAGAAAUGAUUUUAAUUUCGUCGAGUUCGCAUUCUACCUAAUUGCCGAAAAAAAUUAGCUUGCAAACUUUGAACUCUGGACAUGCGCGCUAUUAUAGCAAAACGUUAGCUUAUAGUGCGCACUCUCGGAACUGGGCGAGGCCAAGGGAUUGAAAUUCAAGUUUUGGACUUUCAGCCACGAAAAGUUGAGGCAUUUGAGGGUCGGAGCUCCGUCCAUCCGGCGACUGUACGCCUUAUUCUAUACGCACGUUGAACGCGCAUGUAGCUUUAGGAUAUACCUAUAGAAGGGAAAACGCAACACGCUGCACGCAAUACCGCGCGAAUCAAUAGUGUACAUACAUACAAUAUCACAGGUAUAUCCGCACUUUCGACCUUUCGACAACCACACCUCUCGCUUCAACCGGCAAUUUUCGCCCAAUACUCGUUACGUACUUCUGGAAUUCUACUAUCUCUGCAUCGUAUAAAUAGAUAUUUAUAUAGUUAUAAAUAGCGCAUAUAGACUUUAGUACCAGAUACGUGCUACGUUUCACAAAAGAUAUUUUUAGCGUAAGAAGAAUCGCCAAAAAAUAUAUAAUAGUAACGAUGGAAGUUAAAGGUCGCGUGGCCCUUGUGACCGGGGCAGCUUCCGGUAUCGGUAAAGCUUAUGCCGAAGAGCUUCUCAAUCACGGAGCCAAGGUAUCGAUAUGCGACAUCAACGUCGAGGAUGGCGAGAAGUUGGUUGAGGGUCUAGCUGCACGACAUGGAAAAGACCGUGUAAUAUUUUGUUCAUGCGACGUAACUGAUUAUCCACAAUUUGAAGAAUCUUUUCGUACCACGAUUGCUACUUUUGGGCGACUCGACAUAGUCAUAAACAAUGCAGGGAUUAUGAACGAUCGGUUUUGGGAACUGGAAGUCGACAUCAAUCUUAAUGGUGUGAUUCGUGGCACGCUACUCGCUCAACGUUUUCUUGGAACCGACCGCGGUGGAAGAGGGGGCAUUGUCGUCAACACAGGAAGCAACGUUGGAAUCAAUCCUUAUGUCAGCGUUCCCAUUUAUUCGGCUACAAAGACAGCGAUCGUUGGCCUUACGAGGGCAUAUGGAGAUCAGUAUCAUGUUGGACUGACCGGUAUCAAAGUAAUGGCGCUGUGCCCUAGUGUGACAGAAACUCAUUUGGUACGCGACGUUGGAAAACAGUUAUUUUCAACACGUUAUGAAGAUGCUUGGUGUCGAGAUACAGCUGCCACAGUUCCUCAAAAAGCGGAACACGUUGCAAAGGCAUUAAUCCAUGUGAUAAGCAUGGGAAAAAGUGGUAGCAUUUGGUAUGUGGAAAAUGGUCAGCCGCCGUAUCAGCUUACGUUUGCUGAUCAUUAGAUCAGAUAUUAUUUGUUACUUACUAAAUAUCAUGGUAACUCAUGAACAUUAAACAUAAGCGCAUUCUUAAACAGCAUACAUUUCACCAUUCGAAUAAUCUAGAAAUAAGUAUAAACGCUUUGCGAGGGUGACCAUGUACAAUUUCGAACAUGUAUCCUCUUACGCUUUGUCGAUAAUCUUAUUCUAAUCUUUUUAAAUUGUUUAUUAGAAUUGUUAAGUUUGUUGAAAAUUAUGUAGUCUUUCACAUGGAUUACUUUAUUUAAAUUUCUCGGUUUCGAACAUGUCUUGAAUGCGAAGCAUCGCUUAUGUGUGUACAGCAUAAAUCCACUUCAAUCACAUUUUAUAUAAACGUACAAAUUAUGGUAAAAUUAGCAGAAAAUAUGUUCAAUUCUGUCCUUUGAUUAUAAUGGGUAUAAAAAAUUAUGCAUCGCACUAUCAAUAGCAGUACAAUACAUAAUUACAAUUUGCCUAAUUUAGAGUUUGCAAUAAUUACUCAUUUAUAAAAAUAGUACUCUACGCUUGUAUCAUGAGUGGGAAACGAAA